UGUAUAAGAUAAACCGCAAUCGUUAUCAAUAUUGUUUAAACAAUGUAACUGAUAAGGGAAAAUGUUUACAUCACAUUACCAAGUCCGAGAUGAGCUGCGGCUAUGAACGCGUGUGUGUCUGCUGUCAGAGAACACGCAUGAUGAUUUGAAUGAAGUACAUUAAGAAUCAAUUAACCAGAAUUUGAUAUAUCUUCUUACAAUGUCCGAUUCGCCAAGACCUAAGGGAUUGAAUACGAGUGUUGGAACGUCAUCACCUGCACAAGUCGACGUUUACGCUGGUCGACCUGCUCAAGGGCAUAGUGGAAAUUUAACUGGCAAUCGUCGUAUAUUGAAGGAUACGGCUGCAGAUAUAUUCAAUCGUAUGCAACAAUGGAAAGUCUAUCAAGACCAAGGGAGUGUAGUGAUCUCCAAUAUAUUUAAUUUGCGAAUGGACAUGCCAAAUGUGAAGUUUCCUGAUGAACUGAGUAGUUUAGUAAGCGAACUUAAAAAAUUGGGUGAAAAAAUGUUAUAUAUUGUCGAAGGACUGCAAGCUAAACUAAAAAAUCUUAUAGCAGUUGCAGCUUUAGAAAAAGAUAACACUACUCCACUUUUUAUUUCAUGGACAACAGAACAUUUUUGUAAAAUAAUAAAAAUAGUUUUAAAAGCGUAUCAAAAAGAGCAAAAACUUCAUCAAAGUUUAUUACUGAGAAUAGCUGACAGCAUGGAUCCAGAUGUGCUUUUAUUUUAUCUUUCAUGUUGGACGUUUCAGCCAUACUUAGAUCAUAGUAUAGAGAAACAGUUACAUUGUAUGAUUAAAGAGACUAGACACGUUUAAGUUAAUUAACUAUACAUUUUAUAAAAAUUUAAUUGUAAAGAAUUUUAAAGAGAAUAUAAUAUAAAUAUAAUUUA